GGUAUUUCGGAGGAAAUAAAAGGUGGGAGCUGGUAAGAGUGGUAACAGUCAGAGCAAAACGGUGUUCGAGGAUGGUGCGUCCGGGGUUUGUGGUUAUAGCGGUGUUGUGCGGUAUAGCGGUGGCUGCGGGUUACCCGGCAGCGCCGGAGACCGUGACCGGGGGAGAAGCCGACACGUGGACCGAUGGAGUGGAUAGGGUAUAUCGGUUCCUACAGGGGUGCGGUGAGAAGGACAUGUCUUUGUGCAUCAAGAUGAGAGCGUUGACGUUCGUGGACCGCGCCUUGAGGCGUCCUGACGACAUCUCCCUGGUGGACGGUGUCAAGCUGGUGCACACCUCUGGAGACAGCUCACGGGACUUGAACGGCCGCGCUCUGUCCGAGGCCGAGCUGGACGCUUCUCUGCCCGCCGACGCUGAGCAGCGCGACGCCCAAGUGGAGACCCUACUGGUGGACCGUGUAGCCAGGUUCCUGGAGUCUCACACUCUGCAGCUCAAGGUCCCUGACUCUACCAUCUCCGACGUCAGGAAAUCCCUUGAUGAAGCUCGUGGCAAGAAGAAGAAGGCGGCCAAGAUCCUCCUUCCCCUCUUGUUGCUGCUGAAGCUGAAGGCCGCCGCCCUCAUCCCCUUGGCUCUGGGAGCCCUCGCACUGCUGGCCCUCAAGGCUCUCAUCGUCGGCAAGCUGGCACUCGUGUUGGCCGGUCUGAUCGGUCUGCAGAAGCUGCUCGGCCAGAAGCAGUCCACACAGAGCUACGAGGUAGUAGCUCACCCUCACUACACGGAAGAGCACGGCCACGGCUGGGGACGCUCGGCCAACGACGCCCACGACCUGGCCUACCGAGCCUACAAGGAACCUUCCAAACAAGAGUAGAGUCUAUCCAUCUCCCUUCUAUCUUAUGUACAAAUAGAGUAAGUCGUGUGGCCGCCACCAGAACCAAAGCUACUCAACACGAACAUCACCCUUACCCACCUCUCUGUUUCUGUCGAGAAGCGAGAGAGUGAGGCACAAGACAAUUAGUGUUAGGAACAUCACCUCGUAAUAGUACCAUACAUACCAACCAUUCACUUUCACGGAAUUGUACGUUACGUCACUUGAAAUACUCGACAACAAACCCUACAACCAUCACACAAUAGACUGAAACUACCGAUAACACUCACUGGAUAGCGAACCAAAGAUAAACACCACUUACAGCCACAAACCUCGAGCCGUAACAACAACUACUCCUCUCAUCUUACUUUACUUCACCUCACUUCACUUCACUUACCUCAACCACUUCACUGCGGCCACUCUUAUCGUAAGGGCUCUUUAAUUUAUUUUUUAUUUAAUGUUAUUUAUUGGAUUAACCGUUAUUCUUGUUUGGCUGUUGACGCGACUGGACUGACUGUAGGCUACCGCGUAGCUAAGGCUGCUAGUCACGACCUCUCAUUCUCAGUUGUUAAUACUUGUAAGUACUUGUGUACUACCCAGGAACGAAUAUCUCGCAUUAUAAGUUUCAAUAGUUGCAUAUUGUGAUUAGUCUUUGUACUUUACUUUACUUGUACUGUUACUCGACUUUGAAUGCCAACCUGUAAAUAUUUUGUUAGUUGUUAUUAUAAAAUGUGAAUACUGAA